AUGCUCGAAAAGGGUGCGGAUAUAGAGAGCACCGAUCUUGAUUGUUCUACACCACUAAUAUGCGCUGCUUCUCAUGGACAUGAGGAUGUGGUCAGGUUAUUGCUGGAAAGGGGUGCUGAUCUGGAGGAUGAAGAUGACGAGGAGUGCACACCAGUGAUAUGGGCUGCUAGCCAGGGACACGAGGCUGUGGUUAGGCUGCUAAUUGAAAAGGGUCCUCCUCUUCUGGAGUGCGCAAACGGGCAUGGUAAGACAGCACUCACAUAUGCUAUAGAGGGGGAAUAUGAAAGUGUGGUCAAUCUACAGCUUGAAUAUGGCGCUAGGAAAGAGUACACGCAUGGGGAAUAUCCACAAUACCCACCCCUCCUCAGAUACUCAAUCACCCACAGGCACGUUGAGCGAUACGCCACUGUUGCAUCCAUGUAA